AUGGGCAUCUUCUCUGCACUUGUCCUGGGCCUGGCGGCCGUCGCGACCGCCAACCCGAUGCCCGUGGCCGGCCCGGCGCUGCCGCUGCCCGGCUCUGGCCUCGUGGGCUCGCGCACGGUCGAGGAGCGCAGCACCCCGACGGGCACCGGCACCAACAACGGCUUCUUCUACUCCUUCUGGACGGACGGCCAGGGCAGCGUGACGUACAACAACGGGCCGGCCGGCGAGUACAGCGUGCAGUGGAGCAACGUCAACAACUUUGUGGCCGGCAAGGGCUGGAACCCCGGCAGCCCGCGCACGGUCAACUACACGGGCACGUGGAACGGCCGCAACGUCAACUCGUACCUCAGCCUCUACGGCUGGACCAAGAGCCCGCUGGUCGAGUACUACAUUGUCGAGUCGUACGGCACGUACAACCCGUCGACGGGCGGCACCAAGAAGGGCACCGUCACGAGCGACGGCGGCACCUACGACAUCUACCUCAACAAGCGCGUCAACCAGCCGUCCAUUUCCGGCACCGCCACCUUCGACCAGUACUGGUCGGUGCGCCAGUCCCGGCGCGUCGGCGGCUCCGUCACGGUCAAGAACCACUUUGACGCCUGGGCCAAGGCUGGCCUCCAGCUGGGCUCGCACGACUACCAGAUCAUUGCCACCGAGGGCUACCAGAGCAGCGGCAGCGCCGACAUUACCGUCAGCCAGGGCUAG